AGACUGUAUAAAAUGAGUAACAUCUCAAAUGUGGAUGGCAAUCGAUUUCAAAUCACUGCGGCAAUAUGGCUGGACGGUUAAGGUUGGCUCUAUCGUUGAUCGUGGCAGUUUAUUUCAUCGCUUUUGAUGGCGUUCACGGAUCAAGAUUGGCAGUGGAAAAGUGCAGCGAAUACAGAAACUUAAAAAUUAACAAAUGCCCUCCAAAGGAAUUGAUUUUAACACCAAGAAUCAAAAGUGGCGAAUUUCCUCACCAAGCUCUGCUGGGUUAUGAGAAACCUGACGGAACAGUUGAAUUUCAAUGUGGAGGAGUUCUGAUAAGCAAACGUUACGUGCUAACUGUGGCACAUUGCUUAAGUAAUCAUGAUCAGCCAACAGUAGUGCGGCUAGGUGAAGUCAACAUCCUUCAAAAAGGCGAUGAAAGGGAUGUUCCAAUUGAAUCGAUAAUCAUUCACCCAAACUAUCUCCGCUCGCAGUUCUACAACGACAUUGCCCUCAUUAAGCUUCAUCAGGACGUGCAGUUUACGCGAUCGAUUCGACCAGCUUGUCUUUGGACGGAAAACACCUUCAAUCAAAGUUCGGCAACGACAACGAGCUUCUCGCAGACGACGGAAUUCGAAAAAGAGAGUUUAAUUGAGCUGCCAACAAAAAUUUUGGAUAAAUCGCACUGUGCACAUUUUACCGAGAAUCUACGACGGUUAAAAAAUGGUUGGGCUGAUCACUUCAUAUGCACAGAAAGUUCAAAAGAAAACGAUGGUGUCGAUGGUUGCCUCCGAAAUAGUGGAGAUCCUCUGCAAGUUCCCGCAGAUGAGGGCAGCUGUAUCUAUCACCUGCUCGGACUGUCGUCGUUUGGAAGUUGUGGUAGUCCCAUCGGUGUUUAUAUUUCAGUCCCCAGUUUUAUCGAUUGGAUUGAACAAACUGUAUGGAAGUGAGUAGUUGAAAAAAAAUGUAGGUAUCAAUAUGGUAUCAAUUGAUUGAUGGGUACAAUUGUAAUUAUGGAAAUAUAGAUUUGAAAAAAAGAA